CUCUACGUAGGCAAAGAAGUAACUCCAACUGGGUAGCCGAAUAUGUAUGUGAUAUGUUAUAGUUAUCAGCAUGCUUCCCGUUGUGUUCUUCUGGCUCUGGCUCAAUCUACAGCUCUUUAAUGUACCGAACCAGCCUACCAGCUUCUCUCAUCGACGACGAAGUCAACAAACCGUGGAUGCUUAUUCCAUCAAAGAGAAUCAUGCCCAGCGGAGCUCGCUAUUUUCUGUUGUGUUUGAUUCCCACCGUGCUGCUCUGUGCCUAUCUUCAAGGGGUCGUCUGGCAUGGUUUCUGCCUGAUCGUCCUGACAUGGAUAUAGAGGACCUGGGCGAUCAGGCGGGAAAUCGUCUGGGGGGACCAAAAACACUUCUCGCUAGUCAUGGGGUGACGACUUCGCAUGAUGGACCAUCUGCAGCAGCGUUCUGUUCUGGUGGCGCUGAGCUUCUGUAUGUGCGUCAGGGCCAUCAGAUAGGCAGGCCAGCUAAGGCAUCUUACGAUUUCUUUGUCCUACAGUUAGAGGCUUAG